AUGGAAUCACCAUCAAUGUUAACACCUACAGUAAAUGUACCUCGUUCAACAUCAUCAGUACCAUUUGUUCAUCAUUUUUAUAUACUCUUAAAAGCACAUUAUUUUCUUUUUUUUUCGGCAUUUGGUAUACUUUAUCCAAUAUUAAAUAUAACAUUACGUAGUCGUGGUUUAUCAAAUGUUGAAUUAUCAUAUAUUAAUAUAAUUAUUCCAUUUUUAGUCUUUUUUACAAAUCCAUUAUUAGGUUUUAUUGCUGAUAAUUCACGUCGUUAUUUGUUUACAUUUAAUAUUGUUCUUGCUAUGGUUACAAUCACAUAUACUAGUAUAUUUAUAUUACCAAUAGUUAAAUCACAUAAUAUACAAGCCAAUAUGAAUCAUGAUAAACAAUAUGGUUAUGCAUUAAAUUUUUGUGCUAGUCAAGAAGUAGCAACAAAAUGUGCAUCAAGAUCUCAAUGUGGAUGUUCAUAUCAAGCUAAUUGUACUUUAAUUGAUUCAUUAGAUUAUAGAUAUUAUAAUCAAAUGAAAACAUUUUUUUUAACAUUUUCAAUGGAUUCAAAAGAUUUUUAUAAAGAAAUUAAUAAUGCAAUUCAAUUGAAUGAACUCGAAACAUGUGGAAUUAAAUAUCAAGUAUCUAUUGAUGAAAUUAUUAAAAACUAUCUACAAAAUCAUAGUUUUGAUCUAUUUCCUUCUACUGAUAUUUCAUCUAAAUUAGCUAGUUGUGAAAUAACUUGUUCAAUUGCACAUUUUUGUCAUGGAUCACGUUAUGUUAAUCAAAUAGGUUUUAUUCUUCUUUAUUCACUUUUAUUUAUUAUUGGAACAAAUCUUUUAACGAAUGCUGUUCCACUUGGUGCAUCAAUUGGUUUUGCUAGUUUAGAUUGUCCAGAAAUAUUUGGACAACAACGUAUUUAUGGUACAAUUGGUUUUGGUAUAUCAGCAUUUGCUGCAAGUCGUGCUUAUGAAUUUUUUCAAACAGAUUUUGUUUAUAUAAUUAUGUUUUCUAUUACAACUAUAAUUUGCAUUAUUGUAACAAGUUUUAUUCGUAUUAAACCAAAUGAAUUAGUACCAUGUCAAUCACGUUCUAUUGUUGGUUGGAUGUCAUUAGUAGCAGCAUUAUCUGAAGUUUUUGCUCUUUAUAUUGCUGGAAGAGUACUUAAAUUAUUAGGUACAAAUUUAUCAUCAAUAAUUAUCUUUUUAGCAUUUUCUAUUCGAUUUGGUGGAUAUUAUUUUAUACGACAACCUUAUUUUUUUAUAUUGAUGGAAACAAUGCAUUUUUUUAAUUUUGGUAUUCUCUAUGUUUUAAUUGCACAAAAAGCUGAUUCAAUUGCACCACCUGGCCUUUCUGGUACAUUGCAAGGUGUGGCACUUGGAAUGCUAUUUGGUUUAGGUCGUGGUUUUGGUCUAUUGGCUGCAUCAUUUAUCUAUACAUUCACUCAACAACCAUUUCUUUUUCUAAUAUUUACCUUAUUUAAUUUAAUUGUUGCUGUCAUCUAUGCUCUCUAUUCUAUUCUAAAUAGAGAUUUAUCGAAAAAAUCCAAUGAACAAAAUAAUAAUACAUCGGAUAUUGUAAUCGAAUCUGAUAUACAAUUACACGAAGAGCUUCUAUUAACAUCACCAACUAAGAACAAAUUAGACAAUCAAAUUGAUGAACUAUAG